AUGUCGUCCAAGCUGAUCCCGCCCCGGCCGGACGAGGUCAUGGUCAUCCGCGACGUCGCCCCGAACGUCGUGACCUUCUCCGUGCCCUUCCUCCGCUUCGGCCGCUUCCCCAUCGGCGGGCGCGGCACGCUGGUCCGCCUCACGUCGGGCGCGCUGGCCGUCUUCUCGCCGGUGGCCCUGACCGACGCCGCCCGCGCCAAGGUCGCCGAGCUCGGCGGCGACGUGCGCUACCUCGUGGCGACCGACAUCGAGCACCACAUCUUCCUGUCCGAGUGGGCCGCCGCCUACCCCGGCGCCAAGCUGGUCGGGCCCGAGGGCCUGCCCGAGAAGCGGCGCAAGGCGGCGGCCAAGGGCAACGACGCCAAGAUCGGCGCGGAGCCGUUCGCCGCGGUGAUCACGAAGGAGAACUGCAAGGACGUCAGCCGGAUCGGCGAGGACUUCGCGGCCGACUUCGACAUGGAGUACGUCCACGCGCACCCGAACCGCGAGCUCGUGUUCCUCUACCGGCCCGGCCGCGUGCUGAUCGAGGCCGACCUGAUGUUCAACCUGCCCGCGGCCGAGCAGUACUCGCGCGUGCCGGCCGCGCAGCGCCCGCGCCCGGGCCUGCUGGCCCGCCUCUUCGAGGGCCUGCAGUCCACCGAGGGCGAGGCGCUCGCCAUGAAGCGCUUUCUGUGGCACGCCGUCAGCCGCGCCGACCGCGCAGCCUUCAACGAGAGCGUGCGCCGCAUCGCCGCCUGGGACUUCGACACCGUCGUGCCCUGCCACGGGGAAACCCUCGUGGGGGACGGGAAGGCCGUCUUCCAGAAGGUGUUUGCCUGGCACUUGGGCGGGAAGGGCGCGAGGCGGUGA